UCUGGUGGCUGUGUGGUACAUGUCUGUACAGGAUAUGAUGGAGGGGCUGGUGACGGCGAUAUUGUUGGUGAUGGUGACGGGGUCGGCGAGGGCGGUGGAGGUGGUGUUCUUGACAGGGUCGGAGAGGGCGGUGGAGGUGGUGAUGGUGACGGGGUCGGCGAGGGCGGUGGAGGUGGUGUUCUUGACAGGGUCGGAGAGGGCGGUGGAGGUGGUGAUGGUGACGGGAUCGGCGAGGGCGGUGGAGGUGGUGUUCUUGACAGGGUCGGAGAGGGCGGUGGAGGUGGUGAUGGUGACGGGGUCGGCGAGGGCGGUGGAGGUGGUGAUGGUGACGGGGUCGGCGAGGGCGGUGGAGGUGGUGAUGGUGACGGUGGUGGAGGUGGUGGUGUUGGUGAUAGAGGAGGGGUUGGAUGUCCUGCAUGCGGUUGUGUCCUUGUGCGGUGGAGGAUCACACGAACGGCGUUUGGUGUCAUGUCCAGUAUAGCAGCAACGCGGUCGUAGGG